AUGGUAAACACGCUGCGCGACAGCUCCGAUGACAAGGCCCUGCAGCUGCUGGGUCUCAUUCGCAGUCAAGCAUCCCCUGCCGAAUUACAGCCCUACAUCGAAAAUAUCUCGACCGAUGGGGAUCGGCAGCAGCAUCCUGUUUGGGCCGACAUAUACGACCGCACGCGGUCACCGUCCAACACCAUAUUCUUCCAUCGCCCCUCCCUGCAUCGCCCCUCCCUGCAUCGCGCUCCGACUAUCAAGCGACUGCCCAAGCCCUGGACGUCGGUCACCAAAUACGAGGAUUUUGUAUCGUAUUUGGUCACACUCUGGCUUACGUGGAGUCAGCCUUUUCAUAAUUGGAUUGAUCGCGACCUUUCCCUCCGCGAUGCUCAGACAGGAGAUCUCAGUUCUCAGUACUGUUCUCCGUUUCUGGGGAACUGCAUUCUUACAGAAGCAUGCUUCUAUUCGGAUCACCCCGAAGCCUACGCGGACCCUACAGAUUGCAAUUCAAAAGGUCUUCAUUUGUUCGAGGAGGCGAAACGAUGCAAAGCUGCACUGGGAAAAGGCCAAGCUGCAUGGUGGCAUUUAGGUCAGCUUCGCACAACUUUAACACCAGAGGGCCGUGCUGCCAAUAAUGCUAUCUGGGGCAUAUAUAAUCUCUCAGUUCCUGUUCAGUCACAUAUUGCUUGUGUGUUCAACAACCUCUGCAAGCUCAGCACCAUCAAUACAGAUGCAAGUGCACUAGACUUUGGCAGUGGCCAUAUACCGCCCCCAGAUAUUCUUGCGCGCACUUUGCAGAAAAUACGGGCAAGAUUAGAUCGAUGGAGAGAUAAUUUGCCGGAGCGCCUUACUCCGGAAAAUGUUACAGUACCGCAUGCUCUUACUUUACACAUGGUUUACCACGCAAGUAUCAUGAUUCUUUGGGUAUCCCUCAAGGAGCCGAAUGAUGCUGCUAAGGCCGGCACCGAAGGCAUGACGUUUGCAGCGAGAGAAGUCUGCCUGGACGCGGCGGGAUCCGUUGUUCAGCUCCUCCGCAUUUAUCGCGCGAAGUGGGGGAUUGACUACAUGUGUCUUACCACCGUAAGUUGCCUGAGCACGGCGCUUUUCACUUUGCUAAGCGAGCUCGGUGACCUGGAGCAUAAGAGCGCCUUCGCGGAGCUCUGCGUAGUCGCCCGUGCCUGUUCCCACAGGUGGCCCCUAAUGAAAGGCCUCAUGCGCAUGUUGCAGCUUUCAGCGCGGAAAAACCAUGUGAGUCUUCUCCCUGAAACCCACGCGCUGUUUGUUGACUUCGAAGCAACCAUAUAGGAGAGACAUGAUGACGAGCGCUUUAAGAGUAUUUACCCCAACUUUGGCACUCUUGCCAGGAAGUGAGGUAAUUGUGCAUCUAAUGAGGCGAAGAGAUAGAAAUUCUCGGAUUAACAAGGGCUCCUGGGGUUAAACCUGGUAGAUGAGAGCUCCUAGAUUGUUUUACCAGC